AUGAACGGCUCGGUGGCAGGGCCCCCCGGCGAGUGCGUGCCCAGCGACCCGGUGCAAUUCCUGCUGGUGCCCGCCGUCUACUGCCUGGUGCUGUGCGUGGGGCUACCGGGCAACCUGGUGGCCUUGCUGGUCUUCCUGCAGAGCGGCAAGGUGAGGAAGGCCAUCCGCAUCUACCUCAUCAACCUCACGCUGGCCGACAUCCUCUUCAACCUCACCCUGCCCCUCUGGAUCCCCUACUACCUGGCGGGGGGGGACUGGCUGCUCUCGGAGGCCGCUUGCCGCCUGGCCGGGGCCGCCUACUACCUGGCCACCUACAGCGCCGUCACCUUCAUGGCGCUCAUCAGCUUCAACCGCUACUGCGCCGUGCGGGCGGCGCGGCGGGCGCUGCCGCUGACGGGGCGACGGGGGGCCUCCUUGGCUUGUGCCCUGGCCUGGCUACUGGGGCUGGGCUGCUCCGUGCCCACCCUGGUCGCCCAGCAGACUUUCCCCACUCGCUCCGGGGCCACGGCCUGCUUCGAGCAGCACGGCCGGCAGCGGGCCUACGCCUACGCCAUGGUGGCCUUCUUCGCCGCUGCCUUCCUGGUGGUGCUGGGCACCUACGCCUCCAUCGCCCGGGCGCUCUCCGUGCCCCCCGGCACCGCCACUGCCACACCGGGCUCCCACCGGCAGCAGGCACGCGCCAUGGUGCUGGGGAUGCUGCUGGUCUUCGUGGUCUGCGUGGCCCCCUACCACCUCACGCUGGCCCCCUGGGUGGGCAGCCGCCCCCCUGUGCCCCCC